UACGAAUCAAAGACAGAAACCUCUCUGCGAAUCACAGCUGAGUAGUCAUGACACAUGACCAACUGUAAUGAAGCCAUUGAGGGAACUGGAAAGAACCUCGCCAAGAAAACGACCAAAAAAAGCGUGGAAAGCCAAAGAGAAAAGGACAAGACAGCAACUGUUAAAUCUGUCAGUAACUCGCAAUUGUAGAGAUGGUCCAGUCUUGUUCGGCUUACGGAUGUAAAAACAGAUAUCAUAAAGACAAAAACAUUUCAUUUCACAAGUUCCCGCUUGCACGGCCAGAUGUGUGUGGAAAAUGGGUUGCAGCCAUGAGGAGAAACAACUUCAAACCCACCAAAUACAGCAAUAUCUGCUCUCAACAUUUCACUAAGGACUGCUUUAAACGGGAGUGCAACAACAGAGUCCUGAAGGAGAAUGCUGUGCCUUCACUGUUCUGUUUCAACAAAUUACAAAUGGCGGAGUCGUUGGUUGACCCGUUCCCUCCUGAGAUGGAGUUCCCCUUGCCCUCGCUCCCCCUCUCCGACACGGAGGAGACCCAGGAGGUGCAGCCAGCCGAGGAGCCGCCGAUGGUCCCGACACCUCGCGCUGCCGUCCCCCUGUCACCCCAGGAGGCCUUGGACCUCCCUCACAGCGCGUCCGUCUCCUGUGACCACAACUACACCGUGGAGGACACGGUUCAGCAGAAGAAGAGGGUGGAGCAGCUGGAGGAACAGCUGGAAAAGCUGAGGAAGAAGCUGAAGACAGUGCAGCAGAAGUGUCGGAGGCAGGAGAGACAGUUGAAAAGGUUCAAGGCUGUCGGGGAAUUCCAGAGGGCGUACAAGGACCCGGCUCUCGGGGAGGGUUAUGUGAUCCUACCCAAACAGCUCUACGAUGUCCUCAAAGGGAUUGAACCAGUGGACGGCCUGUAGGCAAGGUGGAAGUCGCCUGGGAGACCGUGUGCGAAGGUGUGCAUGGGACCUGGCUUGGGGCCAAUGCACAGUCUGUUAAAACAAGCAGAUGUCCUGAACAUCUCACGCGUUUGACUGUGUGGUUUUAGCCGGUCUGGCUCCAGUGUACUGGGCUCGUCCCAAGGUUCACAACUUAUGGAACCCCAAGUCUGGAGGUGGUAAAAGGGCCCCUGUGCCCCUUUCCAAAAACAGGCAACCACCUACACAAUCAUUUGGUAUACUGUUUUUGUUGUUUUGGGUGGGGGGUGGGAAUGUACAAGAACAGUGGUUUGCCAAUCACCACAGCUGAUUCAGCCGGUCACCAACACCUUGAUCUGCAUGUCUGGUUUUCUAGUUCGGAAGCAACAUUGUUGUGUAAACUCGGGGUUCUCCUGUGGGCGGGUUCUAAAACCACUGCCUUAGAGUUUCUGUGAUUGUCCCAAAUACACACAGCGGCAGUCUGGCCGUGGCAAACAGCGGCAGUCUGGCCGUGGCAAACAGCGGCUUGGCAAAGGCCAGUGGAGUUUGGCGUGAGCACACACAUUUGGGACCGCCAAUUUAAAAUAUGCUGGGAUAAGAACCCACGCUGGUGUUUCCCGGGGUUUCCAGAGGCGUAUUUGGGUUGUCUCAGGUUAUCAGAACAUAGGCCCUGAGGGUACGCGUUUGGAUUUUAGCCCUGGAAAAUCACGCCUGAUUCAACUUGUCAGCUAAUCCUCAGGCCCUCAACAGAGUGGAAUUUGGAAUUCAUCCAGAGCUACAACGAAAAUAUGUGCUAUACUUUUUGGGAACCUGUGCUUUAGAAGGCCUGAGAAAGGGCUCCCCAAAACCCUUCUUAAUAUGGGUGUGCUGAAGGCCAGGGGCAGGCAACUCUGUUCCUGGGGCGCCAAAAGCGUUUUAUUUUUCUUAUUAGUCAGUUAAUUGCACUUGCUUGGUGUCCCAGGUCUCAUUCUCCGAUUACACAGAGAGGAUAAAACCAGACGUGUCUUGGCCAUCCAGGAGAGGAUUGUGUUAUUCCUACUCCAGUGGCUUCAGGGUUGGGGAAACACAUGUAGGAGCCAAAUCCAAAUUCUGACAUUGAUAAAAUCAAGAGUUGGAAAGAACGCAAAUACCUGCUUCCACCUUUCCAGCACCAUUUUAACAUACAUCAUGUGUCCUCGUAACCUACUGCAAUGACAGCUUGAGGUGGCAACCAAAAAAUUGCAAUUUGGUCCAAAUCAACUCGCUACUUUAGUAAUCUGAUGUUCGGCCGGCUGCUGUCUGUGAGCGGAGUUAAACUUUGACUCCCCUCUUCUCAGGCCUGGGGCACAACAGGAUAAUGAAAUCAUUGGCCAUUAUGUGGAAUUAGCUAAAACCACAAGUCCAAAGCAAUCCAUGGCUAUUUAGGAAAGGGUACCUUUUAGCUAGCUGGCCUCAAGGAGAACAUUUCCUGAAUAGUUAAAUUGUUUUCUGUCAGUGAUGUUUUGAUGUGAUUGGUGUUAUACCUGAUCCGUACAGACUUUCCUUGGGGGGUGUUUCUCGCCCAAAGGGUUUCCUAAAAUUGAGCUCAGCUUAAAGUUAGCUGGUUAAUCAUUUUAUAAUUCUUUUCGUGAAGGGUUUCUAAACACCACUUGGCCUCAGUUAGUUAAGUGUAAUGGUGGUUGGAUUCCUUUCUACAGAGGUUUAGUCACUUGCAAAAUUUGAAGGAAAAUUUAUGAAAAGAUUAACCAAAUUAAAAAUGAAUCCUUAAUUCUUUGUUUUUAUUGGUCAUGUUUUUGGGGCUCUGGCUCCUGUGAAUACACACUCCAGCUCCAUUCCCUUGCUGAGACCUAAAGACCCAUUUCCCAGAUCCACAAAGGUCUUGUCCAGAUCUGUAGGGUUGAUGGUGCUUCUUGACCACGUUGUGUCACAUAUGCAACCAUCAAAAGCACACUUGAGGGUUUUGAUUUUGUUUUCUGAUCUGUUAACUGUUACAGGCAGUCCUGCUGAAAGUCUGAUCCAACUAUUUGGGGAGUUUAUUCUCGUCACUGCUUUUGUGGCAUAUAAAUACUGUAGACCUACUCUGACUUUCAGUAUUUUGUAAUUUAGUCAUGUACGCCAAAUCUUGGAUAAAACGAAAAGGAGAUGAUGGUUGAUAUUUCUUUUCUCUUGUGUACUGGUUGUCAACCAGAUUGUCCACUCGGUGCUCACUGUUGUUUCAGUUGAAGAUGGAUUCCAGGCUGGAUUAUCAAACCGAGGGCAGAGGUGUCACGAUGAACAUCCCAUUGGUCCUGCAGCCGAUAAACCUGUGGAGCUCAAAGCUCAACUGUGUCCUAUGAUCAAAGGACUGGGCGGUUCAAUAUUUUGCAUAAAC